UAUUUUUCUCUCUCACCUUCUCUUUUUCCUUUAUCAUGUGGGUCAAUUCUAUAACGAACCAUAAGGAUGUGCUUCAUUCCACGUCAUACAUUUCGUGACGAGGCUCCCUGUCACCGUAUGGUAUCUUAUCCUCUCUUCUCAGAUUCCGAUGCCACCCCUCUCCCACUCUCACCCAUUCUUAAUUAUAAGACCAAAAAUUUGCUACCCUUUUGGCUCUUCACAAAGAUUGUUUUCAGAGAUCAACGAUUUGGCUCCUGGGGUUGAUUAAAUUUUUCAUCUUUUUUAUUUGAAAGAUUUUGGGUAUCUGAUUCAGAGUUGCGAUCGUGGUUCUUAGGUUUCUUGGUGUACGAAGAAAUACAAGACUUAUAGUACUGUUCUGUUGCAUAGUCUUUCUACAUAGUUUCCUUUUUUUAUUCUGUUUAAAAUAGGGAUUAUUUGAGUUUUGGAGUUAAACACAGGAGAAACACACGUUUAUCAUUUUGUAAGAUCCUAGUGUGGAUUCUUUUCUUUGUAAUAUUUUCAUCAGCCUUGCCUUUUCACAUUUUAUGCUGGCUUUAUUGUGUAUUAUUUAAUACGUUGGUAGUUUUUAGUUUUGAUUUGUGAGAAGGGCAUUUUUUUUUUAUCAAGGGAGAAUGGAUCAUAUUAGUAAUGAGGCUAGAGUAGACCGUUUUCCAAUUGGUCCUUCAGACAUUCUUGGUAGAACAAUUGCUUUCAGGGUUCUAUUUUGUAGGUCCAUGUCACAGUUUCAGCACCAGAUAUUUCACGUGUUGUUAGAUCUCUUCUAUAGGUUUAGGGGGGGUUUGUUAUCCUUUAUAUCAUGGUUGCAUCCCAGGAAUCCUCAGGGGAUACUGGCAAUGAUGACAAUUGUUGCUUUCUUGUUGAAACGAUAUACAAAUGUGAAAGUAAGGGCUGAAAUGGCAUAUAGGAGGAAGUUUUGGAGAAACAUGAUGAGAUCUGCUUUGACCUAUGAGGAGUGGGCUCAUGCAGCUAAGAUGCUUGAUAGAGAGACAACAAAGAUGAAUGAAUCAGACCUUUAUGAUGUGGAAUUGGUAAGGAACAAGCUUCAAGAGCUCCGCCACCGUCGGCAAGAGCGAUCUCUUAGAGAUAUAAUAUUUUUUAUGCGUGCUGAUCUUGUUAGAAAUUUAGGUAAUAUGUGUAAUCCUGAACUACACAAGGGUAGGCUUCAGGUGCCCAGAUUAAUCAAGGAAUAUAUUGAUGAAGUAACGACUCAAUUGAAAAUGGUCUGUGAUUCUGAUUCAGAGGAGCUAUCAUUGGAAGAAAAACUUGCUUUCAUGCAUGAAACUAGGCAUGCAUUUGGGAGGACUGCUUUGCUGUUAAGUGGGGGUGCUUCUCUUGGAGCUUCUCAUGUGGGAGUAGUUAAAACACUGGUAGAACAUAAACUCUUGCCUAGGAUAAUUGCUGGUUCAAGUGUGGGAUCCAUUAUGUGUGCCGUUGUUGCCACGAGGACUUGGCCUGAGCUUCAGAGCUUUUUUGAAGAUUCAUGGCACUCACUGCAAUUUUUUGAUCAAAUGGGUGGGAUUUUUACAGUUGUUAAGAGAGUCGCGACAUUUGGUGCUGUUCAUGAGAUCAGACAGUUGCAAAUAAUGUUGAGGCAUCUAACAAGCAACCUUACAUUUCAAGAAGCUUAUGACAUGACUGGUAGAAUUCUCGGGAUUACAGUUUGUUCCCCAAGGAAGCACGAACCACCUAGAUGUCUUAACUACUUGACUUCACCCCAUGUGGUUAUAUGGAGUGCAGUCACUGCUUCUUGUGCCUUUCCUGGCCUUUUUGAGGCUCAAGAAUUGAUGGCAAAGGAUAGAAGUGGGGAAAUUAUUCCUUAUCAUCCUCCUUUUAACUUAGGUCCUGAAGAGGGCUCCACACCAGCGCGCCGUUGGAGGGAUGGUAGCUUGGAGAUUGAUUUACCUAUGAUGCAGUUGAAAGAACUAUUCAAUGUCAAUCAUUUUAUAGUUAGCCAGGCCAACCCUCAUAUUGCACCAUUAUUGAGAUUGAAAGCAUUUGUGCGGACUCACGGAGGCAACUUUGCUGCCAAGCUUGCGCAUCUUGUGGAGAUGGAGGUGAAACAUAGGUGUAAUCAAAUACUGGAACUUGGUUUUCCAUUAGGUGGACUUGCUAAAUUGUUUGCUCAAGACUGGGAAGGUGAUGUGACUGUUGUUAUGCCUGCAACUCUUGCUCAGUACACCAAAAUUAUACAGAACCCUUCUUAUGGAGAGCUUCAAAAGGCAGCCAACCAAGGGAGAAGAUGUACCUGGGAGAAACUUUCAGCCAUUAAAGCAAAUUGUGGCAUUGAGCUUGCACUUGAUGAGUGUGUUGUGAUUCUUAAUCAUAUGAGAAGACUAAAGAGAAUUGCUGAGAGAGCUGCUACUGCUUCUCAUGCUGCUACUGCCUCUCAUGGUUUGUCCAGUACUGUCAGGUUCAGUGCUUCAAGAAGAAUCCCUUCAUGGAAUUGCAUUGCACGAGAGAAUUCAACGGGCUCCCUAGAGGACCUUAUAGAUGUUUCUUCCUCAUUGCAUCAAAGCAUCAGCAGUUCUAAUGUGGCCAGUGGUAAAACUUGGAAGACCCACCGUGGCAUACACGAGGGAAGUGACAGUGACUCUGAAAGUGUUGAUUUGAACUCUUGGACAAGAUCUGGUGGACCUUUGAUGAGAACUACUUCGGCAAAUAUGUUCAUUGAUUUUAUGCAAAACUUAGAAGUUGACACUGAACAAAAUAAAGCCUUAGCGAGUCAUGCUAACCCUAAUGAUUUUCAGUAUCGUAGCCCCAGGCUCACAACUCUGGAUAGGACCUCCGAUAGCACAGAAUCUGAGCUAAGGGAAAUCAGCAAUAGGGUGGUGAAUGGAUCCCGCAUUCUGGUGACUGCGGGUGAUUUUUUGCAGCCUGAAAGGAUCCAUAAUGGUAUUGUGUUUAAUGUUGUCAAGAAAGAAGACGUGACACCCAUAAACAGGAGUAAUGAUUUUGAAAAUUACAACAAUGAAGUUGCCGAAUGUGUUCAAGAUGAGUGUCCAGGGAAGGAGAUGGAUGCUGCUAGCUCAUCUUCUGAACAUGGAGAUGAUGAAUCCACACCAGAUUAUUCUUCUGUGAACCAUUCGGGCACAGAUUCAAGUAUCGAUCAGAGUAUUGUUGAUGGCUAGAUUCAAUUAUCUAUAUUCUUUAUUCGGUCACUUUUUAAUAUUUGAUUUCAUCAUAUUGCUCUCCCAAUUGUAAAUAUUAUUCAUGAUAUAUAUGAUGUGAAUAGCCCACCAUUUGGUUUACUAAUAAAUGCAACGAAAAGAGAGAUUUUGCACAAAAAUUUCA